AUAUAAGUAGAUAUAUAUAAUAUAUUUUAGUUUAGAUAUAUAUUCUUGUAAAGAAUGAACGAAAAAUCGACUGGAAGCAAACCCAAACAAACUAGGCAAAAGGUUUCCCGGUUGUAUAAAAAGUGUUCUACGGAUGGGGAUCUAACAAUAUUCCUACCAAAACGAGAACUCAAGAUGGACGGGGAGACAGGGCAGAUAGGAAACCUGGAGGGGAUUGUAAUAAUCUCGGAGAACCUGGCUAAGAAAGAUAAAGUCAAUGUGUUUAUUCAGUUUAGUCUAGAGCUGAGGUAUGGAAGAGAGGACGAGGAACUCAUGGGUUUACAGUUCUGUAAUGAGAUGAUAAUUGCAAACCAGAGAAUAUAUCCAGUUGAUCCGGAACAGGUUGGGUAUAUAUGUAUAUACUAGCUGAAGUGCCCGGCGUUGUCCGUGGAAUUCAAAAGAAAUUCGACUUUUGAAAGAAAGAAAAAUUUUUCGAAUUUAUGUUAUAUGUUACCUCCGGGUUCCUUCAACAAAUUUCAGCCAAUUUUAUCCAUCCGUUGGGCCUGCUAUAGCUAACAUUUAAAUAUAUAUAUACUUAUAUGAGCAAAGAGCUUUAUUAUAAUGCUAGUUAUAAAUAGAGGAGAAGAAAGAUAGAUUGGAAAGAUGAGGAUAGGAUAUAUAGACGACAAGGAUCAGGAUAUAUGAGUAGGAUCAGGAUAGAUUAAGAGGAUCAGGAAAGAUGAGAAGGAUCAGAAUAGAUGAGAAGGAUCAGGAUAGAUGAGAAGUAUCAGGAUAGAUUGGAAAAAUAGGAUCUGAAUGGAUGAGAAGGAUCAGAAUGAAUGAGAAGGAUCUGGAUAGAUGAGAAGUAUCAGGAUAAAUUGGAAAAAUCAGGAUAGAUGACAAGGAUCUGGAUGGAUGAGAAGGAUCAGAAAGAAUGAGAAGGAUCAGGAUAGAUGAGAAGGAUCAGGAUAGAUGAGAACAAUAAGGAUAGAUGAGAAUGAUAAGGAUAGAUGAGAAGGAUCAGGAUAGAUGAGAUGGAUCAGGAUAGAUGACAAGGAUCUGGAUAGAUGACAAGGAUCUGGAUAGAUGAGAAGGAUCAGGAUAGAUGAGAAGGAUCAGGAUAGAUGAGAAGUAUCAGGAUAAAUUGGAAAAAUCAGGAUAGAUGAAAAGGAUAA